CGUUGAGCCUUUGAACAUAAGAAUCCAGAAUUUUUCAAAAGUUCUCACUUUGCAUGAAACCUUCAAAAGUUCUCAUAGUUGAAUGAUCUAUGAUGAUAGAAUAAAAUUCAGCUUUAGGAAUAAGAACACUGUGAAUUUCCUAAUCAGACAGAGUGAACCCUUUGUUAAAGAAUCUGUCUUUUCGUUGAUGCUAGCCAGUGGCAGAGGAUUGGAGGUCAAUUCAAUAUUGGAAUUAGCCAGUUUUCUGUAAUUCGUCGGCAUGUCAGUGAAAUUAGUUCUGGUAAUAACAGCUUCAGUGUGAUACUUGAGUAUUGUGCUCUUCUGGGUAACUGGAUUACAUGAACACAGAGGUUAUCUUAUAAUGGGAAUCAGCAAAACUGAGAUCAGUUUGCGGAGAUUACUUUCAGCUGCACCUAAUCAGCAAAAUCAGUCUAAGCUUAUACAUUAUGUUGCUACUUUGAGGGAACAAUUAGAACAACUCUCUGAAGAGAAGAUCCCUCAAGGGCUUCCCAGAGUUACAAAGGCUAAGGUGAAUGAGUACUAUGAGAAGAUUGAAGCUGUUGCUUCAAGAAUAGCUGCUCAAGUGACUGACACAGAGUUAUCUUAUGAAAUUUUUGCAAAGGAUUCGACCAGCGAUAGUUCUCCCAAAAUAGAAGACGAUACACAAAGCCCCACUUCUCCACAGCUGAGAAGAAGAAUCGUGCCUGCAAGUUCCAAGGAGCAAAGCUAUGACGCUGAUCCCUCAAAACCAAUAAAACUAGACACCGCAGCUCAAGUGCGCAUUGACAAGCAGAGAAAGCUUCAAGAGGAUCUAACCGAUGAAAUGGUGGUACUUGCGAGACAACUCAAGGAGAGAAGUCAAAUGAUAAGCCAAUCUGUGCAAAAUACAGAAAAGAUACUUGACUCUACAGAGGAAACCAUUGAGCAAAGCUUGGCAAGCACCGGACACGCAGCCGUAAGAGCCACAAAGAUAUAUUCAGAAAGCUCAAAAACAAGUUGCCCAGACUUCCAGUGGCUCUUGAUCUUCGCCAUGACCUGUGUGUUCAUAAUGGUUGUCCUGUUGAUCCGAGUCACAUAGAAAAUGGUUCCUAGUGUAAACCAAAUUAGUGAAAUUUAAAGAACAUUACACUCUCCUUAUCAUACAAUUUGUUAAGCCACAUCUCA